AUGUCUGCAGCAUAUCUGGACAUAUACUCUGGGAACAAACAGGAACAUUCUUGUCAGAUACAACAUUACACCCACACCUCCACUCUCCUCAAGAAACAUGCCUCGAUUUUCGAUCUGCCAUCCGCCCCAGAACUCUUAACUCCCGAACAACAAGAAAUCCUUAUCGAUCUCAAUAAAGGCAGCGGCGAUGGUAACCAAGGCUUGCUAUUCCAACCGCCUCAACCUCUUUUGGCUGGCCGAAUCACUUUCGUGCUGGAUUCAUCAACUCCGAAAGCCAAGCAUAACUUUAUGGCGUUGUGUAGUGGGGAGAAGGGAAGUGUGAAGAGCGCACCUAACAAGAAGUUGCAUUAUCUGGAUUGUCCGAUCCACCGUGUGGUCAAAGGAUUUGUCGCACAGGGUGGAGACGUUACUCGUGGGGACGGUUCGGGGGGAGAGUCUAUAUACGGCCCAAAAUUUCCGAGCGAAAAACAAGGAUUACAAGUUUCACCUCGUCGUGGAAGUAUUGCUAUGGCCAAUUCUGGAGGGAAGAAUCCGAAUAACACAUCUCAGUUUUUCAUCGUUCUCUCAGAUGAUGAAAAGGUCAUCGAGAAGCUGAAAGGAAAAUACGUCGUAUUCGGGCGUGUCAAAGCUGAUGACUCUGAAAGUGAAAGGGUGCUACAGAGACUUGACGAGGUGGGUGCAGAGCCCGGAAGCAAAGACGAAAAGCCUGUGGUACCGGUGUGGGUUGGUGGUUGCGGAGUAGUGUGA